AUCUGAGAAAGCCAUCUGAGUCGAUCUGACGUCGCAUCUCGACCGCCAAGCUGUUUUCACGACUCUUCAAUCUCGCCGCAUCACCUUUCCGAACAACAACAAUGCCUCCUCCGGUGACCGAUGUGUCCGAUGACGAGUCGACUGGCGAGUCUAUUCCUUACGAGGAGGCCCCCGCAUCCAAGAAGCAGGCAAAGAAGGCAGUUGACGAUAACGAGGAUGAUGAGGACGAGGAUGAAGAAGAAGAAGAAGAAGAAGAAGAAGAAGAAGAUGUUUACCACGUCGAGAAGAUCGUCAGUCAUGAAUGGGGAAAGAAGGGCGAACUGCUCCUGCAGGUGAAAUGGAAAGGAUAUGAUGACCCCGCCGACAUGACACUUGAACCGGAGGGAAAUCUCGAUGGUGCACAGGAGGCGGUCGACGAGUACUUCUCUAAAAUAGGUGGCCGUCCGGAGAAGCCUCAGACCAAGAAGCGCAAGUCAUUGGGAAGGCCUCCUAAAUCAGAAACCCCUGAAAAGACGCAGCCGAACAAGCGGAGAAAGUCUCGAGCAAACGAGUCACCGGAACCCCAACCGGAAGAAGAUAGUGACUCGAGCUCGUGGGUGCCCAAGGGUAAGAGCUGGGAGAAGGAGGUGGAUACCGUCGACACAAUCUUCCGCGACCCGAACACGUCGCAACUGCUUGCCAUUUUGAACUGGAAGAAUGGCAAAAAGUCCAAGGUCCUUAUUGAAACCUGCUACGAAAGAUGCCCCCGAAAAAUGCUUGAGUUCUAUGAGUCUCACUUGGUCUUCAAAGAAGGUUGAGAUACCAGGUGGAGUCUGUCGUCUUUCUUCCUCCCAGCAGAUUUGGGUGGAACAUCCAGACAUUCGCCUUUUUCUUCCCUUGGUAUCUUUCCUAAUGAUACGAUUAGUGGUGGCGAAGCCUUGACAACGAACCGUGCAUAUGGGUGUUCUGUCGGGGCUUUAUUGACCACCAUUUACAAAUGCUAUGACUGUAAGAUAAACCCUCUUUUGGGUAGUC